CUCAAGAGAAUUCUCCCUCCAGUUCAUAUAGACUUUCAAAAAUAAUUGUGUAUUUGUGUAUCGUACUUWCGUCUUCCUGUWCAAAAUACAAAUACUAAAUUCUUACUAGCAGGUAGUUUUGCAGUUGAGUACUAUUCUUUACUCUUAAACAAUCGUCGCCAAUCGCCAACGUUAUUCAUUACUUAUUCAAUAUUCAUCAAUGUUGAAAUGAUGAAUAGUUCAACAAGUAUCUACUUUGUGCCUUUGUGGAAUUUAAAAAAUUUGUUCCAUUAGAAUAUAACGUAAUAACACUAAUAACUAAUACCAGAAUUCCUAUCAACUAUGGACAACUCUAACAUUGUUCAAAAUGUGAGUUUGGUCACAAUAGACCAUUACAUGAGUAAUCCUGCUGAUGGUUUCGAUUCUCUGUAUUCUGARUUUUGGGGAACGCAGAUACUUAAGGUUCCUGUUCUUAGGGUGUUUGGAUGUACACCUAAUGGGGAUAGUCAAAGCAUUGAUUUAAUGAAUUUAUUAAUGAAAGAAACAAUUGCUUCUAAACAUGAAGAUAGUAUUCUCUGUCACAACACUUCAAACGAAGACGGAAACGAUUCUGAAAAUGAAGAAUUGUCAGAAUCUAUGAUGCAAUUAAAUGAAAAUCUAUCUCAAAAUUCAAUAAAAACUAAUAUUUCAAAUCAAACCCAUACUAAGGAUUUAUCAAUUAACCCCAAUUUUGAUGUGGAUAAUUUCAAUUUAUAUUCAUCCGAUAAUGAUCAAACAUUUAUAGUAAAUAAUAAUGAUGAAGAAACAAACAGUAAUCAAACAAGUGAUAUGUUUCGUAGUUCAAAUAGUUCUGUUGAAAUGAAUGAUGAUAACACAUUAAAUUAUGUGUCUUUCACUGAURUUGAUGUUAAUACUAGUAGUAUUUCAAGAACAUUGUGGACAUUAAGUUUUAAACCUCCUUCAUAUGAUGAUUCACUAAAUUUCAUUGAUACAUUUAAAAACACUCGAAACUAUAAACAAUUUAAUUUUCAACAUAAUAAUAUUAUCGAAAAUAUCAGAAAGGAUCUAUUAUCAUUAAGUUUUCCUGUUAACAAUAAUACACAUUUUUUUGCUUCUGAGAGCAAUGUAAUUUUAGAACCAUUAAAGCAACCACCAUCAUAUUUAUUAGCUUUAAAAUGGUUAGAAACACGUUAUCCAAAAUAUAAACGUAAAAAAAAAACUGUAGAUAGUAAUAAACUUAAGAGUCUUAUAACUCCAGAUUCACUUUCAAAAUCAAUACUGUUGAAAAACAUCAAUUGUGUAACACCACAUUCUAGUCAAAAUAAAUUCUAUACCUCUUCACCAUAUACACCAAUGCAAGUUGUGAAUAAAAGCUUGAAAUCGAAAAGAAAACUCAGCACCCUUUUUCUGGAUUCAUUAAAUAUAGAAAUGCAUUCUUGGGGUUAUUUGAGAGAUAGAUGUCAUCACUUAGGCCGUAAUAUGAAUAAAGAAUUAUCUAGACUUAUUACAGAAAAUGAUCAAACCUCUGAAUAUAACGAAGAAAUAAAAAAUUCUGAAUUAAAAAUCAAAGGAAGAAUUGUUCUUGAUGUUUGGAGAUUACUGCGACAUGAAUUGGCAGUUCAAAGUUAUACAUUUGAAAAUAUGGUAUACCUUAUACUACAUCAAAGAGUACCCUGUUAUUCUUAUCAAACACUCUCAUUUUGGUGGGAUCAUAAUACUUUUUUAUACAGAUGGUUGACUAUAGAUUAUUAUAUGUUCAAAGUUGAGAGCACAAUAAACAUUUUGCAACAACUAGAUAUAAUUGGUCGAACAAGUGAACUUGCAAAAUUAUUUGGCAUACAAUUUUAUGAAGUAUUGUCGAGAGGUUCACAAUUUAGAGUAGAAUCAAUGAUGUUACGUUUAGCUAAAAAUAAGAACUAUGUUGCUGUUUCACCAAGUGUAAAACAAAGAGCUGAAAUGAAUGCAGCUCAAAGUGUACCGUUAAUUAUGGAACCAGAAUCAAAAUUUUAUACAGAUCCGGUCAUAGUAUUAGAUUUUCAAAGCUUAUACCCUUCUAUUAUUAUAGCUUAUAACUACUGUUUUUCAACAUGUUUAGGAAAUAUUGACCUUCUUGGAAAAAAAGAAGUAUUUAAGUUUGGCUGUACUAAGUUAAAUGUACCUUUUCAAACCUUACUCAAAUUAACUGAUGAUAUAACAAUUUCUCCUUCUGGAAUUGCAUUUGUUAAGAAAAAUAUCCGUAAAGGAAUUCUACCAUCCAUGUUACAAGAAAUAUUAGACACCAGAAUAAUGGUGAAAAAUUUGAUGAAAGAACAAAAAAAUAAUAAACAUCUAUAUAAAAUAUUAAAUGCCCAACAACUUGGCUUAAAAUUAAUUGCCAAUGUUACAUAUGGAUAUACUUCAGCAAAUUUUUCUGGAAGAAUGCCAUGUAUAGAGGUUGGUGAUAGUGUUGUAAGUAAAGGACGUGAAACUUUAGAAAGAGCAAUAACUUUAAUUCAGUCAUCAAAAAAAUGGAAUGCUAAAGUUAUCUAUGGCGACACUGAUUCUAUAUUUGUGUUAUUACAAGGUCGAUCAAAAGAAGACGCAUUUAAAAUUGGUAAUGAAAUGGCCAAUAUUGUUACUAAAGACAAUCCCAUUCCYAUUAAGUUAAAAUUUGAAAAAGUAUACCUUCCCUGUAUUUUACAAACAAAAAAAAGAUAUUGUGGAUAUAUGUAUGAAAAUAAUGAACAAAAAAAACCCAAAUAUGAAGCUAAAGGCAUUGAAACAGUGCGUCGUGAUGGCUGUCCUGCAGUGUCAAAGAUUUUAGAAAAAAGUUUAUGUAUUUUAUUUGAAACAAAAGAUAUUGUAGCAGUAAAAUGUUAUAUUGAUAAACAGUUCAAAAAAAUUUUUAAAGGCAAUGUAAAUGUUCAAGAUUUUCUGUUUGCUAAAGAAUAUAGAGGGCGCAAUAAUUAUAGRCCAGGUGCAUGUGUACCUGCUUUAGAAUUGGCUAAACAAUGGACUGCAGUAGACAGACGUGCUGAACCACGAGUAAAAGAACGAGUUCCAUAUCUUAUUGUAGCCGGACCAAAAGGUUUACCAUUAAUAAAACUUGUACGGUCACCAAGACAUUUUAUUUCAGACAAAUCUUCUCGCAUAAAUGCAGAGUAUUAUAUUACAAGAGCAAUAAUACCACCACUUCAAAGAUGUUUUUCUUUGCUUAAUGUAGACAUAAACAAAUGGUAUUCCGAAUUACCYCGUAAAUAUAAUUUUCACUUUCCUGAUAUCACUACUACUACAAAAAAUCGUAAACAAACACUAUCUCAAUAUUUUUUUUCACAAAAUUGUAUUUUAUGUAGUAAAUUAUCACAGUAUGGUUUCUGUGAUCAAUGUCAACUAAAUCCUCAGUAUUUAAUUGUACAGCUUAACCAUUUAUUAUCAAAAUGGACUAAAAAACAAGAUGAUUUAGAAACGAUCUGUCGAUCUUGUUGUGGAAGGAACUUUGAGUUGAAGUGCAACUCUUUAAACUGUCAGGUGUAUUAUAGUUCUCAACAAGCAGCAAAAGAUAUGCAACAGUAUUCCUACAUUAAUAACAUAAGGCAAAAUUUGAGUUUAUAGAAUUUUUUAAAUACUGUUCUAAUUUUAUAUAUUUAUAAUUGAUGUUUUAAAWAAUUACAUAGUGCA